CAUGCAUGAACAAUUAAGGUACAAUGAAGUCAUUUUUCAGCCAGUCAAAUGUUAUCACUGGAUUAUUUUUGGCCUUAUCUGCUUUCACCCUGAGCUGCAGUGGAGGUAAAAUUCUCCUGUAUCCUGUGGAUGGAAGCCAUUGGGUCAACAUGAAAGUCUUGAUAGAAGAGCUGCACUCCAGGGGUCACAGCAUCACGGUGAUCCGACCUAAAUCCAGCUGGUACAUCACGGAAAAGUCUCCUCUAUACACUUCCAUCACAAUCCAGGACAAUGUUAAUGAUUUUGAAAACUUUUUUGAAGAUUAUUUAUCGAAAGCGAUGGAGAUAGAGCGAGGCGAAGGUUCUGGACUUGCAUUCUUGAAACUCCAAUAUGAUCUGUUCUCAAUGCUGUCAACAGCUCAUGAAAUUGCUUGCAAAAUGGUGUCCAUUAUUUUAGAAGAUAAGAUGCUUGUAAAAAAACUUCAAGAUGAACAGUAUGACUUAAUGCUCACCGAUCCCGCAAUAGCAGGGGGAGUGUUUUUAGCACAUUAUUUAAAGCUGCCUCUUGUUCUCAAUGUACGAUGGAUUACCAGUGGUGAAGGACACUUUGCUAUCGCACCAUCUCCGAUGUCUUACAUUCCUUUACCAGGUUCUGGUCAUACAGAUAAAAUGGAUUUUGCUCAAAGAGUUAAAAAUGUUUUAUUCAAAACCUUUACGUUCCUCCAGAACAGAUUUGUGGUGGGUCCACAUUACGACAUACUCAUAGACAAGUAUCUAGAUUACAAAACAGAUAUUGUUGGCCUUAUUCAGGCUGCUGAUAUCUGGCUCAUGAGGGCUGAUUUUGUCUUCGAGUUCCCCAGGCCAACCAUGCCAAAUAUUGUUUACAUGGGUGGAUUUCAAUGCAAACCUUCUAAGCCUCUACCAGCAGACCUGGAAGCAUUUGCACAGAGUUCAGGAGAGCAUGGCUUUAUUAUUAUGUCCUUGGGAACACUUGUCAAAAGUCUCCCAGCCGACAUGGCGAAUGCUAUCGCAGCUGCAUUUGCAAGAUUACCUCAGAAAGUCAUCUGGAGGCAUCUUGGAGAUCGACCGUCCAAUGUUGGGAACAACACACUUAUUGUGGACUGGAUGCCGCAGAAUGACCUCCUGGGACAUUCAAAGAUCAAAGCGUUUGUGGCUCAUGGAGGAACCAAUGGAGUGCAGGAGGCCAUUUUCCAUGGGGUACCAGUUCUGGGAGUCCCUUUGUUCUUCGACCAGUUUGACAACUUAAUACGUGUUCAGGGGAAAGGAGCGGGUAAGAUACUUAAGCUGUCAGAACUCAAUGCCGAAGCUUUCGAACAAGCCCUUCAGGAGUUGCUCAAUGACGGCUCCUACAAGAGGAACAUGCAGACACUGUCCACUCUGCACAGGGAUCAGCCCAUGAGGCCAUUGGACACGGCCAUCUUCUGGAUUGAGCAUGUGAUCAGACAUAAAGGUGCAACACACCUGCGCUCAGAGUUUUACAAGAUGCCGUGGUACUCGUACCAUUCUGUGGACGUGUUUUUGGUUCUGUUCACUGUUGCUGCUGUGUGUAUGCUUUCUACCAUUGCAGUGAUCAGAUAUGUGUGCUACAAAAUAUGCUGUAGGAGAAAAAGUAAAAGUGAAUGACACUAUGCGAAUGCUGGCAUGCAGAGAAAAACAAUGGGACAUCAUUGUUUCAAGAUUUGCUGAUGUUAUUAUGCUUAGUAUUGCAAAAAGUGUGUUUGAUAAAACUUUUAUUGAUGUUUACGAUCUUUUAAUAUGUGACAUGGUAUACAAUAGACGGCUUUAAAAGCACUAAAUAAAAUGUGGAAACAUGGUCCA